AGCAACGCCGGAGUGUCGUGCCGGAUGGACGCGGACGAUGAAUUUCACAAGAAAAUCAAAGCAGUGAUAUGUGCACGCGUUAAAAUUAAGGGCUGAUUGUUGGUGCGGGAGAGUGAACGUGACCCUUGGCCUAAAGGAAAAUACACCACGCGAUGAUGCGUUGGAGGAUAUCAGUGCCGAAGCUGUGCAGGCUUCUAUUUGCCUUCGUCGAAGUAGUCCUUGGCAUUUCGGCUUCCACCCACUGGGUUGUCACUGAAAAUGGUAGAAUUCAGUCCAUGCCUGAAACUGUUUUUCAAAUGAAAAGGCCAUACGAUUUAAUUUCAUUUAUGGAUCAAGAAGUUAGGCGGGAUUCUAUAGAACAACUGGUGAAGAGUAUGCAAACCAGACGGGCCAAGAUAGAUGAUCAGUUUUACAGUUUGCAUAGCACAAAAGAUGUAGAAGAUGGCAUAAAGAUGACUGAUUCUGAUUGCUUGUUACGAGGACAUUAUGACGCCGAACUGGAUUUCCAUUACAGUACAGUGAUAAAUGUUGGACGCAGAGAAGGGAUAAGUGACAAAGAUUUUGACUUCGAAAAUGUUCCACUUGAGAAACAAGCAAGAGUUCCAGACUGCAAAAACACAUUUCCACUAGACUUUAGCAUGUAUACAUUCGAACAUCUCAAACCAAUGCGAAACAGGAAAACGUUGAAUCAAAAAUUUGAGAUAGGUUUGAUAAAAUACAUCCCAACUUCGGUUGAUUUGAAUCUAUUCGGUCAUCAAGUUUCUCACGGUCUCAUACGCAACGCAACAUCAUGGCUUCAUCUACACUUGGCCAGUGUAUAUUGGAGGAUAAAGGGUAAUGCUCACGAUGCCCUUGAGUGCUCCAGAAGAGCCAUCGUCAAGGCACCGAGACGAUACCGCGACAUACCUCUACAGACCACCGGUGGUAUUUUUCAUGCGGCCAAUUACUCCAAAGAGGCUGCCGUUGUCUUGCACAACGCCAUCGAAUACGCGCCUACCGAACCCUUGCAUCAUCUAACUCUCGCCAACAUUUACGCCCACUUGGGCGAGUACAACAAGUCCGUGGAGUAUUACGACAAUGCCAUCAAGUACAAUCCAGAUUUGGAUGUGGCCAAAAAAGCCAAACACACCAUACUGUGCAACUUGAAACUCGAAAGUUCCCUAAGUGCGUUGCAUCAACAGUUGCUGGAUAUAUUAAAUGAACUACGUGCCUACCACAACGAACAAACUGAGUACUUGAGUCACCAAGAAAAACUUAAAGCCGGUUACCUGAAAUCGCUCAACAGUAUACUGUUGCAUCCUCAUGAGGACAUUCAUUACGAAUCCUUGGACACGCUUUUGUCGCAUUACGGCCAAGCUUGUGCCCAAAGGGGUGUCGAUGACCCUGUACUGUCGUGCGACGUUACCACGGAGAAAAAGGCGAUAGCUCAACAGUUGCAGCUUGACUACGGUAUUAGCCUUCAGAUUUUGAAAACUGUCGAAGUUCAAGCCAAAGAAAUCCGUAACAAGAUGAUCAAGGCGAAGUUUGCGAAUGAUGAUUUGGAACAGUUUCAUCAGCUCCCGGAUUACUCCAAGUUUUCCACGGUCUUCAUGAAUCCAACCGACAGACCAAAGUAUCAUCAGUUGCAAAUAAAACAGUCGAACGAGGCGUUCGAGAAAGCAGAAUGGCCAUCGGAAUCUUAUUGCAAAAGCUUGAUACCGUUCGAUGUUAAUGUCAAGCAAUACGUGCCGGUCUACUUGCCACCGGAAAACAAAGGCUAUAUAGAUGCACCAAUGACGAAUUUCCUCUACGGUACGCUACUGCACAUAAAGGGCAACUACUCGGGUGCCAUCCACCACCUGAAGCAAACCUUGCGCGUGGAGUCUUUCGCGAUGGAAGGUAAGGCAAUGUCGAUGCUCCAGACGAUCGCUUGCCAGGAGAAGUUCAGUGCUCAGCCUUCAGAACCGAGCGACAACGACGACGAUGGUAAAAUGAGCUGGUGCAUCGGCUAUUCCGCCGACAAUUUCGAUAAUUACGACCCGCGUCGAAGCAAAACGUUUUGCGACGACGAUGGCAAUAAUUGCAAGCGCAUCGAGUGCUACGACACGUUAGACAAGGAUUUUGACUUCAAUGCCUUGUUUGAGAUGUGA